UCGUGUUAAUUACAUAAUUUCACCUUUUUUGCGUGAAACUUAUUUUGACUAUGAACAAAUUUGAAAAUUUUACAACGGUACACGUCGUCUCUGAAAUAAUUGUUUAUCGUAUCAUAAUAUAAUAUUAUUAUAAUAUCGUCAUGAAACGCUUCGAUAAUGCCUGAAUAACAUAUUAUUUGCACGGUUCGAGGUGAAAACAAAAUCGUCGUGUACGCAACGCGUACCUAUUACUGUCAUUAUUAUUACAGAAACUUCUCUUAUCUAUAAUACGCGUUACCUUGAAAUUGGAUUUUACAGUAUUGCUUUUCGAUAAGCUUUCAGUGUUCACUCAACUGUUCAACAGUCGUCAAAUCAAAACUCCGUUGGCGGGACAAGGCCGCGGUUUAGACAAAAAUUAUCGCAGGGACGUUUACAUGUUGGAGUGCCUGCUAGCGUACGCCGAGUCCGGCGUACUGGACGAUCUGCACGCUGAUGGCUGGCCGAGAUCGCCGCUUGCGGUGGCCGCUUCGUUAGGCCGCCGGCCGAUGAUGGACGAGAUGUUGCAGGAUCAGUACAACGACGACGACGACUUGAAUUGGACGGUAAUCCAUUCGGCCUGUGAAUCUGGGGACGUUUACACGUUAGAGCGGCUGCUGGCGUACGCCGAGCCCGGCGUGCUGGACGCGUUGCACGCCGGCGGUCGGCCGAGACCGCCGCUCGUGGUGGCCGCCUGCCCGUGGUGGACGCGCUGCUGGCCCGCGGCGUGGACGUGAACACGCGCCGCGUGGACGGCGAGACGGCGCUGCACGCGGCCGCCCGGGGCAACUGGCCGGCGCUGGUGGACCGGCUGUUGGACGCGGGCGCGUGCGUGGACGCCCGGGUCGCCGCUCCACGUGGCCGUCCGGCACCGCCGGUACCGUCUGAUGGCCACCGUACUGUCGUCGGACCGGUGUCGCACCGACGUCCGGCACGACGGCGCCACGCCGCUCGAUUACGCCGUGGCCGCGGGCGACGCGCGCGCCGUCGAGAUGAUCGCGCGGUGCGAUGACCAGCGACGCCGGAAGUCCGGACACGCGUCGCUGACGGCCGUUCCGGCGAAACGGAAGUCGCCGCAGAAAAACGCGUCGCGGCGCAGGCGGACGUCCGUCUGACGAGACCCGUCGCCGCGUGAGAGAUGAUAAUACGAGACCCGCACCGCGUUCGUGUUGUUAUUAUAUUACUAUUAUUAUUAUUAUAUUGACGUCGACGAGAUAUCGACGACACGUUGUGACGUUCUGUUUAUUGUUUUUAUUUUUUAUAUUCGUUUUUCUCGCCUACCUGCUCACUUUAUUCGCAUUGUUUUUAUAUGUUUUUCACUAUCUUAAUGUCCAUAAGAUAAACCAAUGUUUUUUCCGGUUUUUUCGACCGGUUUUUUUUUUUAUUUGUUACAAUUAUUUUACCCACAUAUAAUAUUAUACAUAAUUGUAUACACAUAAUAUAUACAGCAAAUAAACGACAUACAUAACA